AAUACGAAUUAAAAACAACAGUGUUCCGAUGUCCAGACUAAUCGAUAGUCCACUACAUUAUUUCCACAUCUAAAGUGGAGCGGUAGCACUAGAAGUCUUUUGGCGUUACAUUACAGCCAAAGAGCGGUGACUGUACAGGGAGCACACGCAUGCGCAGUCGGAGCCCCGGAGCCGCAGGAGAUCAUAGCUGCGCUCCGGAGUAAGGGACAGGGACGCUGUUAUGAGUGCCAAAGUAAACAUGGAGGCUCCACCCAAAGAACCCGAAAGCACCCCUUUGGACCCGUCCUCCUUGUCAUCCCCCAGCGAGGCCGUCCUCAUCUGUGGGACUGAAAGUGUGGCCAAGAAGCCUCGGCCCCAAACCCACACCACCACGGCUUUCCUCCUACCAGCUCCUGCUACAGGCCAUCAGAAGCUUGAGGUGACUCCAGCUGUUGCCGUGGGAGAACCAGGUAAAGCAGGCAGGGCCAAUGAGACAGCCACACCCACCCUGACAGCACAAGUGGGCGGGGCUUGUAGCAUCGUCCAUGUCCUGGAGUGGAAGGAGGGGAUGGCCAUCCUGCCCAGCAGCAACCUCAAGUUCUGUGUGAGUGACGUAGGAACGCUGAGCACACUGAUCACCCCAGGGACCCCCAGCAGCACCACUGAACCAGCAGCAGGGACUUCUGGGAGAUCUGCUGAUGCAGAAAGUGCUCCAGCAGACAAGCCAGACGUUUUGGCUCCUGUCAGCUCUGUGAGAGGUACAGCUGUGGAGCCGGAGAGGUUGGUGCCGCUCAAACCUGAAGUUCAGGUUGGAGUGGGACAACAGAACCACGAUCCCAGAGCUCUGAGGACCUACACAGAGGAGCUACGCAGAGAGCCCAUCACUGACAAGAGGAGUGUCGGAGCUACAGUGGAGAAGGUGCCAGCAGGCGGGAGGGUGUCCUCCCUUAACCCCGAUCACCUGAAACCCAUGAGGAAGAGGAAGAGGAAGGAAUACCUGAGUCCCUCAGAGGAAGACUCUGACAUCGAAGGCACGGAUGAGAAAAUGGAUGACUCCAAAGCAGACAGCAGACACAUCAGAGGAGCUGGAGACAGUAAGACAGAGCAGUGGACAUGGGCUCAAUAUCUGGAGGAAACCAAAGCUGUUGCUGCACCCACCAAGCUUUUCCAAGAGACACAGAGAGUGCCAACAGUGAAAAACGGCUUCAAGCAGGGGAUGAAACUGGAGGGCAUCGACCCGCAGCAUCCGUCCAUGUACUUUGUUCUCACUGUGGCUGAGGUCUGUGGUUACCGGCUGCGGCUUCAUUUUGACGGCUACUCUGACUGCCACGACUUUUGGGUGAAUGCCAACUCCCCCGACAUCCACGCUGCAGGCUGGUGUGAGAGCACAGGACACAAACUGCACACUCCCAAAGGCUGUAAAGAGGAGGAGUUCACCUGGACCAACUACCUGAGAAUGACUAAAGCACAAGUGGCGCCCAAAGAACUCUUUGCCAGUCCUGGGAGGACUGAUGUGAAGUGCAGUUUCGAGAUAGGAAUGAAGCUGGAGGCCGUCGACCGAAUGAACCCAUCCCUCAUCUGUGUAGCAACUGUCACCGAUGUGGUGGACGACCGCUUCCUGGUUCAUUUUGACAACUGGGAUGACACUUACGACUACUGGUGUGAUUCCAGCAGUCCGUACAUUCACCCUAUUGGUUGGUGCCAGGAGAGGAACCUCCCCCUAACACCACCCCAAGAUUACCCAGACCAGGGCCGGUUCUCCUGGUCUCACUACCUGGAGGAGACUGGUUCCAAGGCAGUGGCCGCUGACGCCUUUAAAGUGCGUCCGGCCCACAGCUUCCAGCCACAGAUGAAACUGGAGGCUGUGGACAAGAGAAGUCCUGGUCUGAUCAGAGUGGCUACAGUUGAGGAAGUCGAGACUCACCGCAUUAAGGUCCAUUAUGACGGCUGGAGUCAUGUCUAUGAUGAGUGGAUGGACUCAGAUCACCACGACAUCCACCCAGCAGGCUGGUGUGAGGCGACCAGUCACCCGCUCAAAGUUCCUCCACGGGACACCAAAACACAGCAGCCACAUGGUGUGAGGGAGCCUCCUGCUACAGGCCAGUCCACCUACCCCUCCUCUGUUCCCUGUAAGCCCAUCAGCCAUCCCAGAGCCAACAAGUACAGCUUCCACAACAGGAAGUGUCCAACUCCUGGUUGUGAUGGUUCAGGCCAUGUGACCGGUCGUUUCACUGCCCAUCACUGCAUAUCCGGCUGCCCAUUGGCUGAGCGUAACCAGGGCAGGCUGAAGGCUGAGCUGUCAGACUCAGAGUGCAAGAGGACCCUGUUCUUUGGCCAGAGGACCAAGAAGACCCAUUACCGUGGCAGGAUUGGCCGUCCUCCCAAAUACAGGAAGAACCAGCAGAGAGACUACCAGAACAUGUCCUCCGAGGGUGUGUAUCCGUCCCUGUUCAUGUCAGCUCUGAGCAGUCAGUCAGAUAGGACUCUGUCUCUGUGCUGGGAGCAGCACUGUAAGCUGCUGCCCGGCGUUCAGGGCAUUCAUGCCAGCCAGGUGGCAGCAUGGAGCGUUGAAGAGGUCUUCAGGUUUGUCCAGAAUCUAAUCGGCUGUGAAGAACAGGCUCGUCUCUUCAAAGAAGAGAUGAUUGACGGGGAGGCCUUCCUGCUGCUGACCCAGACCGACAUUGUGAAGAUCAUGAGCAUCAAGCUAGGCCCCGCCCUCAAGAUCUCCAACGCCAUUCUCAUGUUCAAGAGCACAGACGAGGUACUCAAGUGAUCCUGCCCUCAUCGUACUGGAGGCGUUGGGCCGCCAAUCAUCAUGUGCCAAAUUCAUUCUGUUGCAGGGAAAAGACCCUGUCCCCUUUUUCAUGUGUUUGGUGUCCUGUACCCAUCAGAGAGAGGGAGGGGGGGAGGGGGUGAUAAGGUGCGAUCAGGGUUAAGGGGAAAUAAAGGAGAGGUUGGAAUAGAAAGGAAAUGAGAAAAUAAAGAUAUUUUUUUUUGAGAGUAAUGUCAUAAAGAUGAUGGACAAAGUGGUGUGGGGGGUGGGCAGAAGGAGGCUGAUGAAGGGGAGGUGGAACAUUGGAAGCUUUUAGAGUUUGGAGGUGUUCACAUCAUUACCGUCCAAACCUCACAGCUAAUGUUUCACACCUGUGACACAUCUGCCAGUAUAUGGUACGUCUGACUAAUAAGUCAAUCUCCAACCACCUGUUUUUAAUGCUGAGUUCUACUUUGUGCAUUAAAGGCCUAAAUGGAAAUAGUAGAAAUUCAAACCAAAAAUCAGAUUUUGCAAAAAGUUUUCUACACUCAGCUGAGGUGUGUUAAGUUCUGAAUCAAUAUAGGGAAGGUGCAUCAAAAGUGGAUGAAAACAGAUUUUUUGAAUAUCUGUUACGUUCCUCUCUGGUUCUUGGCAUCAGUAUCUUGUUGCUGCUCACAGCUACUCAGGAGAUACUAGUACUAUUUGUACUUUACUUCCUGAAUGAGUUCUAUUUCUAUUGAGGGACAGUUUACCCCAAAUCAAUAUGUAUCAGUACAUAUUUUUCCUUAUACCUGUAGUGCUAUUUAUCAGUUGAUAGGGAGUUGCUGAAUGUUGGAGAUUGCGGCCGUAGAGAUGUCUGCCUUUUCUUGAAUGUAAUGGAACUA